ACUAAUUUUAACGACGUCGUUUUCAUGGAUGUUCUUCAAUAUGAACGCCGUUACAUCUGAUGAUAGUAAUUAAAGUCACUGAAAUGGAAGCUAAAGAAGAAGUAAGAGAAGAAGAAGAAAUUCAGCUUGAUCAUCAUGAGAUCAAUCCACCACCACCUUCCUCCACGUGUCCCGUCGCCUCACCGGAUCUCGAUGAAUCCGACGAUACCGAAUCAUUAAAUUCUGAUAUGAGCCAAAAGAAAGAGAUUUUCAAAGCUCUGGAGGUUGUCGAGAGAGACUCGGCAGCCAUCGCUGAGAGCUUCACCGGUCUCUUUGCUUCUCUUCGACUGGCUCUAUCCGAGGUUACUUGUAACUCAGUUGAUCACAUGCAAUGUUUUGGUGAAGCUACUGGCCGUCUUCAAGAAUCAGUGCUUGAUGCUGCAACAAAAGGAAACCGCUAUAUAAAUUCGUGUCUCAGAUUGAACGAGGAAAUGAAGGGUGUUGAUACUUUAGCUGCACAACUAAAAAUCUUGAGGAGAAAUGUCGAUACUCUUGAUACAGCUGCAAACAGGCUUCUCCGUUUUCCAUGACACUGGAGCUACUUAGCUAGUGGUUGGUUUUCGCUUAGGAUAUCCUUUUAUACAGCUUACACUGUUUUUAUUGCUGGUUUUGGUUGAGAAGAUUUAAAUGUUAUUGUAGGGUAGUUGUUUGUUAGAACCAGUUUGUAGCUAUUCCUGAACUUGUUAAUUGUUGUUAACUGGUGUUUGAGGACGUGGUUAUUGAUAAAUUUUACCUGUUUCAGGACGUGGCUAUUCCUGAACUUGUUAA